AUGGCUUUCGCCCAACCACCUGCACCGAAAACAGCCCUUGGCUACUACCGUAUGCUCGCGCCGACUGCCUCAGUUCGAGUAAGCCCUCUCUGCCUCGGGGCCAUGAACUUUGGAGACUCCUGGAAAGAUUUCAUGGGCGAGUGCAACAAAGACACAACAUUCGAGAUCCUUGACUUUUUCUAUGAAUCUGGCGGUAACUUCAUCGACACUGCCAACAACUACCAGAAGGAAGAGUCCGAGAUCUGGAUUGGUGAGUGGAUGAAGAAGCGAGAGAACAGAGACCAAAUGGUCAUCGCCACCAAAUUCACGACCGCCUAUCGCGCUGGUUAUGGCGAGAAGGAGAUCAUCGUCAACAGUGCUGGCAAUGGAACGAAGUCAUUGCACCUUUCGCUCGAAGCGAGCUUGAAGAAGCUGCAGACAAGCUACAUCGACUUGCUGUACGUUCACUGGUGGGAUUUUACGUGCUCUAUCCCAGAAUUAAUGCAGUCACUCAACCACAUGGUCGCCUCAGGAAAGGUUCUCUACCUUGGUAUCUCCGAUACUCCGGCCUGGAUCGUGUCAAAAGCGAAUGAGUACGCCAGACAAAACUGCCUUCGACAAUUCUCCGUAUACCAAGGACGCUGGUCCGCUGAGCACCGAGACUUUGAGCGAGACAUUAUCCCCAUGUGCCGUGAGGAAGGCAUGGGGCUUGCUCCAUGGGGUGCACUGGGAGGAGGACAUUUCAAGUCCGAUGCGCAACGCAAUGGUGGCGACAGCGCUCGCAAGUUCGGAGAAGUGAGCGACGCUGCUAAGAAGAUCAGCAAGGUCCUCGAGAAGAUCGCCGAGGCAAAGAACACGCAAAUCACUAGUGUCGCGUUAGCGUAUGUCAUGCAAAAGACGCCCUACGUGUUCCCUAUUGUCGGCGGACGCAAGAUCGACCAUUUAAAGGGUAACAUUGAUGGGUUGAGGUUGCAGUUGACGGAGCAAGAGAUCAGCGCGAUUGAGGGGGCGAAUGCUUUCGAUAUUGGGUUUCCACACAAUUUCCUCGCCGGGCCUCAAAAUCCAAGCGGAGUCAAGAAUCCCGGUGAUGUUUGGCUCAUGGGCAUGGCGGGACGACAACAACAUCAUGAGCCGCCUAAGGCUCUUGGACCCGUAGAGCAGUAA